AUGGGCCCCUGUACCGCCUCCUCUUGCUGCUGCCAGGCCCGUAAUCUGCCAUGGGCCCCCGUACCGACUCCUCAUGCUGCUGCCAGGCCCGUAAUCUGUCAUGGGCCCCUGUACUGCCUCCUCAUGCUGCUGCCAGGUCCAGAGUGUGUCAUGGGUCCCUGUACCGCCUCCCAUUGCUGCUGUCUCCAUCGCCACACUCUGCCAUGUGCCACUUUCAGGUCUCCUCACACUGCUGGGUGGGUUCCAUUUUGUCAUAGGGUGCUGUAUGGCCUCCCAUUGCUGCUGCCUCCACCGCCACACUGUGGCUCCACACUCUGGUUUUGGCCCCGUGACUGCCCAAAUGAGUGAAGUGUGCGGUGAUUCUAAGAUCGACGGCACUCAUCUGCAUGUCAUACUGACUGACAGUAUUAUUUCUCUUCCCCAGCAGACUCCAAGGGCAUUUAAAUUAAAGGUACAGUGUUCUGCACUAAUAUAA